CUCUAUCUUGUCCACAAAUGGUACAAGAAAACGACAUGGAUGUAUCUUGCAGUUCCUGUGCUCCUAUAUGCUGGUGAACGAUGCCUGAGAUUCUUCAGGUCAGGCUUAUACUCUGUCCGGCUUUUGAAAGUGGCAAUUUACCCUGGAAAUGUGCUUACACUGCAAAUGUCUAAACCUUCCCAAUUUCACUACAAAAGUGGGCAAUACAUAUUUGUCCAGUGUCCGGAUGUUUCUCCAUUUGAAUGGCAUCCAUUUUCCAUUACCUCAGCUCCCAGGGAUGACUAUCUAAGUGUUCACAUCAGACAGUUGGGAGACUGGACACAAGAACUUAAGCGCGUAUUCUCUGAAGCUUGUGAGUGUCCGCAGGUUGGAAAGAGUGGUCUUCUGAGAGCUGAUGAAACAACUAAGAAAAGUUUACCGAAGCUGUUAAUAGAUGGACCGUAUGGUGCUCCAGCACAAGACUACCAAAAAUAUGAUGUUCUAUUGCUGGUUGGCCUUGGCAUUGGAGCAACACCCUUCAUAAGUAUCCUGAAAGACUUACUCAACAACAUAAUCAAAUGGGAGGAGGAAACAGAUUCAGCCUCAGAUUUAAGCAGGAACUCAGAUCUAAGUGUUGGAUCAAGUGAACAGCAGUCCUCCAACAAGAUUUGUUCAAGACAGAAGAAGACUCUGAGGACUACCAAUGCAUAUUUCUAUUGGGUGACAAGGGAACAAGGCUCUUUUGAUUGGUUCAAAGGUGUUAUGAAUGAAGUCGCGGAUCUUGAUCAAAGGGGGGUCAUUGAGAUGCACAACUACUUGACAAGUGUAUAUGAAGAAGGAGAUGCACGUUCAGCGCUCAUUACCAUGGUUCAGGCUCUUAACCAUGCCAAAAACGGUGUUGAUAUUGUAUCUGGAACUAGAGUACGAACUCACUUCGCAAGGCCAAAUUGGAAGAAAGUCUUUUCCAAGACAUGCACCAAGCAUGCUAAUGCCAGAAUAGGAGUCUUUUACUGCGGUGCGCCCGUAUUGGCCAAAGAACUCAGCCAACUUUGCAAAGAGUACAACCAAAGGGGACCAACGAGGUUCGAAUUCCACAAAGAACACUUUUAGGAGGCCAUCACAACAACCCAAUUCUUGAAUUUAAACCGCAGGCGUGGAAAAUACAACUGCACAUUGUUUAUCGAAAACAGGCUCCAUUUGGGAAAAGAUGUUUUAGAACACAAAUUCCACAGCAGCAGCAGGAUAAGGAGAGCUUUGAUGGUAGAAAUGACUCAAAAGAGAACCCUUCUAGAAGACCUGCAGUUGGCCGGAUUUUGGGCAUUACUGUUCUAAUCAAGAAACUACUUUGAG